GCUCAGUUUCAUACGAACAGCGAUUCGAACAAGUGAAUAACCCCGAAAGAAUAAAAAAAUUAAAAACAAUUAAAAGAUGGCCGAAUCAGAGAACAAUUAUCAACAAAUAGUCAGAGACAUUCAGCUGAUGCUGCAGCAGCAGGAAGAAAACCAUCUGCGUCAGAUGCAGCUGCUGCAGCAGCAGCUACAGCAACAACAGCAGCAACAGUUGCAGCAACUGAGGGAGGAGCUCCUCCCUCAGCAACGAGAAGGUCCUCGAUCGAGUGAGGAGCCCCUCCCUCAGGUGCAAGGGAUGGAUGCUAAGCAGGAGGAGGCGAAGCCACUGCGAAGUACUGUACGCGUCCACUAAGUUGAGACUCCUAAGGAUUGGUCGAAGCCAAAUGGGCCAGGCUAAGACACCCACACUUAUACAGUUGACCCACACGCAUUCUCGCUAUUCGCUCUCUAGGUUACAGCUACUAGUAGAAACUACUACUACUACUACUAGACGAGGGUUCGAGGUGAGGAGUAGGAGAAGCGUUUCACACCUCGAGUCUCAACUUAGUAGACGCAUACAAUAUGUAUUACAGAUUCUUUUUUAUACUAUGAAUUAUUGCCUCGUACAGAGGAAUACAAUAUUGCCCUUAUCAGAACAACUUUGUUGUUCUAUGUAAGGGCAAAUAUUUACAAUAAUAAUAUUUCAAUUACAAAAAAAAUACAUAUCUACUUAUUUCAAUUUUUAUACAUUGCAGAAAGAGGAGUAGCGGCAGGAAGAUCCCGGCGUAUGCGGGGCUACC